AUGUCUGCCCCAGAAACUGCUACCAAAUUCGCACCCACCGAAACCUCCUCUGUCCUCGGCGGACAAAUCGUCGGUCGCAACCGACAGCCUGCCGCACCCGUCAAGGAGGCCUUGAAGCUUCGUUUGGACCUCAACCUCGAGGUUGAGAUCGCCAUCCAGGCCAAGGUCAACGGCGACAUCACCUUGUCGCUCCUAAAGGCGGACUCAUACGUUCUUGCGAUUACCGAGACUGAAAUGGUUAGGCUCGAUGCGUAA